UAACACCAUCUCUGGGGGGAUAUUGCCCUAUGCUAAGCCACUCUCUUCAUCAACAUACUACAAUCUCUACAAUGCGAUUUCUGUGAAGCUAACAAGGGAGAGGGAGAGUGUGUAGUUGCAGCUUGUGAAGGGCUUCAUCAAACCUUGGAAGAAGUAUUAGUAAAAGAUAUUGACCCAGUUGAGUUAAGGAUCUUGAGAGAAAAAAUAACAACUUCAUCCCCAGAAGUUAGCUCAUCAGCAAAUGAUUUCAAGCUGGACAGUAUGGUUGGGGCUGCUACCCAAAGGACUUUAGAGCCUGAGGAUCAAGUGAUUGUAGGAUUUGGGAAAGAUGAAUCUAUAUUAUUGCAAAGGCUCCUUAACCAACAUCUAUUGAAACGAGAAGUGAUCUCGCUUGUGGGGGAAGGAGGCAUGGGAAAAACUACACUAGCUAAGAGAGUCUUUGAAGAACUAGCUACUACUCACUUUGACAUUUGUGCAUGGGUCGUCGUGUCUCAAAAUCAUAACCUCAAAGAGAUGCUAAUUGGUAUUUUACGUUGCAUUAUGCCAAUCACGAGUGAAAUCUCCAUGAAAGACGACUCCCAGCUUGCAGAGCAUCUUUACAGAAGUUUGAUGGGUCAGAAGUAUUUAAUUGUCUUAGAUGACAUAUGGACUGUUACAGCCUGGGAUGCCAUCCAAGGAUGUCUUCCAGAUAAUUUAAAUGGAAGUCGAAUCUUGAUAACUACUCGGUUCACAGAGGUGGCUAGGUAUACAAGUGAGGAUCCUCACUUCAUGAAGUAUCUAACUCUAGAGGCAAGCUGGGCAUUAUUUGUGAGGAAGGUGUUUGGGAGAUCCGGUGCUCGGUUUUUCUUCCUUACAUGUGAAUAUCAAACUUUUGGGAGAAAUGAUUUUUUGCCCUUCAAAUUUGAAGACCCUAAUUCGACCACCUGGGAGAUCAGGAACUUUCUUCAAUUCCUGGGGAAUCGUAUUACUCUGCAAUGCCAUGGACUACCACUAGCAAUAGUUUUGAUUGCUGGACUUCUGGCUACAGUGAAAGAUUCAUUAGAAAUAUGGAGAGAUGUCGAGAAAACUCUGGAUGGAAUAGAUAGCAUCGAUGACAGAAUUUCAAAAAUACUUUCAUUGAGCUAUACCUACUUGCCUACUCACUUGAAAGCUUGUUUUCUUUAUUUUGGAGCUUUUCCUGAAGAUGGUAACAUUCUUGUUAACAAAAUAAUCAACUUAUGGGUUGCAGAGGGUUUUUUAAAGCCACAGAAGAAUAAGAGUUUGGAAGAAGUGGCAGAGAAUUGCUUGCUUGAUCUUAUUAAUAGAAGUUUAGUUCAAGUUAACGAACUAGGUAUUGACGGCAAAAUAAAAUCAUGUAAGAUUCAUGACCGAAUACAUGAGAUUUGCAUCACAGAAGCUAAAAGGGAGAAGGUUGUUUGUGUUAUUGAUGGAAAACAUGGUCCAAAAGUUAGCCGUUGGAUAAGCUGUCAAUCGAGUCAUUGGCCAAUUACUCGAGCAAAUUAUUGGAAUCACACUUCCAAGAAAAUCCAUUCCAUUCUAUACUUGGGUAAAGAGUUAUACCUUUCAAAAUGCAGGUUGUCAUACCCUUGUUUGGAAUUAUUAAGAGUAUUGGAUUUAUCUUUAGUUAACUGCUCACACAGCAUGCCUAGUGGAAUAGUGGAGUUGAUUCAUUUGAGAUACUUGGCUUUAAGCACUAUAGGUUCUCUUUAUAAGUUUAGAUUGUUGAAGCUUCAAAAUUUGCAAACUCUCAUUGUUUGUUCAUGGAUGGACGAUUAUCCUUUGCAACUACAGUGUAAUAUUUUGGAUUUGCCUCAGCUAAGGCAUUUGCGCCUUGAAAAGAGAUGUUCACAAUAUCUCCCAAGCAUGGUUCGAGAAAAUCUACAUACUCUUUAUUGGUUGAAAGUUACUAGCUCGGACCAGAAUCCAAACUUUAGAAUGGUUCCAAACUUGAAGGAACUAGGAAUUUACGUUGAAGGUGAACUAUUUCCAGGUUGUCUUAAGAGCCUUGUCCAUUUACAUGUACUUGAGAAGUUAAAAUUUGAAAUUGGAAGGGUUGAACGGUUUUAUCUUCCCACUGCUUUUCCAUUAAACCUGAAGAUGUUGACGCUUCGUCGUACUUAUCUUCCAUGGAAAGUGAUGGGCAUAAUUGGUAAGUUGCCCAACCUUGAGGUAUUGAAAUUGAAAGAUUUCGGCUUUUGUGGCCCAAAGUGGAAACCAAAGAAGGGGCAAUUUCUGGUAUUAAAGGUGCUCCUUAUUGCACAUACAAAUCUGAAACAAUGGAAUGCAGAUGUUAAUCAUUUCCCAGUUCUGGAGCGCCUAAUCCUAAGAUAUUGUUGGGAUUUGAAAAGAGUUCCAGAUUGUUUUGCAAAAAUUGGAACAAUGAAACUAAUUAUGUUAGAUAGUUGUACUUCUUCUCUUGUGGCUUCUACAAACCAGUUUUCUUCUACAAACAUGUUGUUGUUUAAGAAAAUGCCUGAUUCUGCACUUCGUGUUCGUCUUGUUGGAACUAAGGUUGAAUUGCCAAAUAGUGAAAGCUCUGAAGAAGAGAGUGUGGAAAGCUCUGAAGAAGAGAGCGUGGAAAGCUCCGAAGAAAAAAGUGUUGAAAGCUCCGAUCAUGAAAAAGGGCUGAAAGAUCGGAAAAGUGUGAUGAAAUAUCUGAAGAAGGUGCCAAAAGCUCUAAAAUGGUAUGCAUUGAGUGAAUUGAAGAGGAAAGUCUGGAGAGCUCUAAGAAGAAAGUGACAAAGGAGGAGGCUAUUCUAUUGCAAUGCAAUAUCGGUACAGUAGUUGGUAUAAACAUAAUUUUACUUUCAUUUCGUCCAAAGGGGAGGAGGCUAUUCAUGCAAUAGAAUUUGAACUUCACUUUAUCUUUCAGCUUGUAGGCUCGUGAUUGAAGUUAGUGAUGUGGUCAUUGCCAACGUCCACUGUUUGGUUUCGUUGAGUUUAGAUCCAGUUUUCCAGUCAAAUCCAGAUUGGUGUUGAUCUGUCUCUUUGGGUUGAUUGAAGAUGUUUAUCAUCUCGCUUUCCGGGGGAAGAAACUCACACAGACAAAAGACUCUUGCUUCAUUUUCUCAGUGGACUCUUCAAACACAACUCAAUGUUGUAUUUUUUGCUUUCCAUUUGAUUUGAACAAUAUAAUCAGACUCUGUUACAUCCUAAGAUAACUCAUCAAAUUGGUUUGUGUCUGGGAGGUGUUUAUUUUGAAUGUAAAGAUCGUUGUAUUAAAAUUA